AUGUCCCAGCAAGGCUUCCUGAACUUCCGCUUUGUGAGACCCCUACCCACAGGAAUUUUUGCCCCCUCAUCUUCCGCCGAAACCCAACAGGCUCAAUCAACUCAAUCUACUAUCAUCGAACAAAUCCAACUGAACAAUGAACCAUUCUUCAUCUUCGCAGAACACGCCCCAUACAAUGAACAAUACAAACCCAGAUAUGACUACAUUUUACUCAAGGAUU